AUGAGCAUUAAAGCUCCAAGAAAGGGUGAAAAUUACGAGCUCAGCGUCGAUCUCAACAGUGAAUACCGCGAAAAGCGCAAAGAUGCUAUCAAGCGAGUCAUAGCUUCUAUGACCGUUGGUAAAGAUGUCAGCGGUCUUUUCCCGGAUGUUCUCAAGAACAUGCAAACAGACGAUCUGGAACAGAAGAAACUUGUAUACCUCUACCUAAUGAACUAUGCCAAAACCCAGCCUGAACUGGUCAUCCUUGCCGUCAACACCUUUGUGAAAGACAGCGACGAUCCUAACCCUCUCGUUAGAGCGCUGGCAAUACGGACUAUGGGCGUACUACGAGCAGAGAAGAUAAUCGAUUAUCUUUGUGACCCGCUUCAGAAAUGUCUUAGAGACGAGAACCCAUAUGUACGGAAGACUGCAGCCCUUUGCGUGGCAAAACUAUACGAUUUGAAGCCGGAGUUGGUCAUCGACAACGGAUUCCUGGAGCAGUUACAUGAGAUGAUUGCAGAUAGUAACCCAAUGGUAGUAGCCAACACUGUAGCUGCCUUAACGGAUAUACAUAUUGCAGCGAGUUCCCAGCCAUCUAUAUCCCCUAACGAUCCCGCUUUAUUCCCUAUAUCCUCCUCUAUCCUCACGAAACUUUUAAUCGCGCUAAACGAAUGCUCAGAGUGGGGUCGGGUUGCUAUCUUGAACGCGUUGGCUCGAUAUGUUGCCAAGGACGACAAGGAAAGCGAACAUAUUUGUGAGCGUGUGGUUCCUCAAUUCCAGCAUGUGAACGGUAGCGUUGUGCUGGCUGCUGUAAAGGUUAUCAUGAUCCAUAUGCGGGGCGUCCGGAGAGAAGACCUCAUCAAACAGCUUGUGCGCAAGAUGGCCCCGCCAUUGGUCACGCUCCUUUCCUCGCCUCCCGAAGUCCAAUGGGUAGCAUUGCGCAACAUCAACCUACUACUUCAGAAGCGACCUGACAUUCUAUCGAACGAAAUGCGUGUCUUCUUCUGCAAAUAUAACGAUCCACUAUAUGUCAAAGUUGAGAAACUAGAUAUCAUGGUGAGACUAGCUGGAGAAAACAAUGUCGAUGCACUGUUGAGUGAGCUAAAGGAGUAUGCAUCCGAAGUUGACGUGGAUUUCGUUCGGAAGAGCAUCAAAGCCAUCGGCCAGACUGCUAUCAAAAUCGAUGCCGCCGCCGAACGAUGUGUACAUGUCCUUCUAGAUCUUAUAGACACUCGAGUUAGUUAUGUUGUUCAAGAGGCCGUUGUCGUGAUGAAAGAUAUUUUCCGAAAAUACCCCUCAACGUAUGAGGGUAUCAUACCCACUCUUUGUGCGAAUCUUGACGAACUGGAUGAGCCAGAGGCCAAGGCUUCCCUCAUUUGGAUCAUUGGCGAAUACGCCAAUAAAAUUGAUAAUGCAGACGAGCUUUUGGGUAUCUUUGUUGAUACCUUCACGGAAGAGUCUUACCCUGUCCAAUUGCAAACACUUACUGCCGUGGUGAAGCUCUUCUUGAAGAAGCCGGAUUCGUCUCAGGGGAUCGUCCAACGAAUCUUAAAUACGGCUACCAAGGACUGUGACUCACCCGAUGUUCGUGACCGAGCGUACAUUUAUUGGCGUCUGUUAUCAACAGACCCUGGAGCUGCCAAGGCCGUGGUGUUGGCACAAAGACCGCCUAUUUCUAUCCCCAGAACAACAGUAGCGCCGGCAUUAUUGGAGGAACUCCUCGGGGAGGUAUCGAGUCUUGCUAGUGUCUAUCACAAACCAGAGGAGACAUUCGUUGGUAAAGGCAGGGUGGGAGCAGAAUCAUUACAACGUAAAACCGAUGCUCCAGACGAUCGGUUCUCCACACAAAAAGCUCUACAAACAGUUGCUGCCGGACAGCAAGCUGAGAAUCUGCUUGACUUUGACGAUGCACCUGCCGUGGAAGGUCGACCAUCUGGUCUCGCCGCAACCGAAGUACUUUCACAUACACCGGCAGCUGCAAACCUCCUUGCAGGAACCUCAAGCAAUCCACUGGACGAUCUCGUGUCGAUUUUUGGUGCUCCUGCUACUCCUGCACCUCCUUCUGCCAAUUCACAUGAUAUCUUCGGUGGCUUGGGCGUGAAUUCAGCUUUCUCUUCAGGUGGUACAGGUUCGCUCGGAUCUCCGGCUGUACAAUCUCCCUCUGUUGCGGUUCCGCCACUUCAAAAGAAUCAGCAGCCUGAGGAUGAUCUGUUGGGAUUGUUUUAG